AUGCCUUUGCCGCCUCCUAUAUCCUCCGUAUCACCUUCCUUACAAACGUCAAAUUCCAGUAACCAGCCUUCUCCACCAUUGUUAUCUUCUUCUGAUAUGCCUGAGGCACGGACAGAACAAGUGAAAGUUGAGGAAGCAGAACAUAUAGCAGCCCAGUAUCUCGCUGAAUUGAGUGCGCUCACCGACAAUUUGCCUGCCACCUUGCUGGCCUACGGAUUGCAUGACGUCACUUGGACGGCUCUUUGA